CCAAAUACAGCGGACGGCACCUCGUAUAUUGGUUUUUUACUCAAAUCAGUGAAAAUUAUUAUGCCUUUCCGAUGAUAUAUAAUAAUAUUUUAAAUCCUUUAAGGUUAAAGCGUAACAAAAAGUGCGCAAAUGAACUUAGGUUCUAAACAAUGGCAAAAGAAAUACAUAUAAUUUUGUUAUUGUUAUUAGUGAAAACAAAUACCUACCUGGCUGAUGACAGUAAUCUUUCUAAUAAUAAAAUAAAUUACAAAAAGGAGGCUGUUAGUAAGAUGUUUUAGUCAGAUUUAUAUAUAAGGAAUGAUUAAUUAGUUGUAAUUAAGUGGAUUUUAACAAUGUUUAAAAUUACUGCAUGCUUUAUUAAUCAUAAAUAAAAUCAAAGAAAACGUUAGAAGAUUUGCAAUUUAUGUUCCAGUAAUGCAAAUGUAGUACAUCUUAUACCUAAAGUUAAAUAAAGAAGAUGAUGAUCCCAAUAUACACCUAGCAACAGAAGAUAAACUAAAAAUUGUAUCAAAUUUACUUAAAUGUGCAGAUUGUCAUGAUCAAAAAAAAGAUUUAAUUAGAAGUCAUUAUGAUGAAAAUAAUUCCCAAGAUCAAGAUCAAACACAUUCUGAAGCCGAACUUUCUUCUAAUCAUAAUUAUGACCUUAGAAAUCUUAGAAGUAGUUAUAAAGAAUUGAAAAGAAGACAUAAUAUAACGUCAAAUGCGACAAAUCGUCAGAUGAUGAUUAAACCUUUUAGUGGAUCAAUUGUAGGUGAUAUAAAACAUAAAUGGAGAGAUGAAGACAAAGAAGAAGAAGGAAAAAAAGUAAAAAGUGAUGAUGAAGAAAAAAGCACACACAGUAAAGGAAAAAAGAGUAAAAAGGAAAAAGAUGAAGCUGAAGAAAAAGAUGACAAUGAAGAAAAAACUGAACACAGUGAACACAAAGAUGUUCAUGAAGAGCAUGAAGAGGAGCAUAGAUCUUUUCACAAACCAGAUGAUGACGCUGAAUCUUUUCACAAGUCCCAUGAUGAUUCUGAACCAUUUCACAAAUCUCAUGAAAAUCAUGAACCAUUUCAUAAAUCGCAUGAUGACCAUGAACCGUUUCACAAUUCUCAUGAAGACCAUGAACUAUUCCACAAAUCACACGAAGAUCAUGAACCAUUUCAUAAAUCACAUGAAGAUCAUGAAUCGUUUCACAAAUCUCAUGAAGAUCCUGAAUCAUUUCACAAAUCACAUGAUUAUCCUGAACCAUUUCACAAGUCACAUGAGGAUCAUGAACAUUUUCACAAAUCACAUGAAGAUUAUGAACCUUAUCACAAAUCACAUGAAGAUGAUGAACAUUUUCACAAAUCACAUGAUGAACAAUUUCCUAAUUCAAAUGAAGGACAUGAAUCCUUCCACAAAUCUCAUGAACCUAUUCAUCAUAAUGGUCAUGAAGUCAAUAAAAAAGAUGAAGAUGAAGAGAUACUGCAUGAUAUGGAUAAAGACCGUAAUUUUGAUGAUGGAAACAUUGUGCAUGAAAAACUCAAAGAAGAAGAUAAAAAACUUGAAGAAGAAGAUAAAGAGGAGUUUAACGAUCACGGAGGAGGUUUUGAGGAAGAUGAUGAAGAUGAUGAGUUUGGAAAGGAUCAUUAUGAUGACUUGCAUCAACAAGAUUUAGAUAAAGACAUGGAUUUUCCUAGAGAGGAUGAUGAAUACAGAAGACAUCAUAAAAGAAAUCAUGAUAAUCUAAAAAAUCAUCAUAAUGAAUAUGAAAACCACAAUCUACCUCAUUUUAAUGAAAACCACAAUGUACCUCAUUUUAAUGAAAACCACAAUCUACCUCAUUUUAAUGAAAAUGUUAAAAACCUUCUUGCUCCCAAAGAUGUUAAUUACUUAAAUCAUGGAACGGAACCACUUUUUUCUUCGCCUAAUAAUGAAGAAAAAGUUAGCAUGGAAGGAAUUAAUAGAGAUAUGGAGUAUAACAAUAGGUUUGAGGGAGAUAAUCAAAAUAUUUACAAUCCUAUACAAUCAUUUGUUGAAAAAUCUCACAAAGCACAUGAAGUAGAUAAUGAUUACUUGAACAACCCAGGCGAAAGCAUUGGACGAAGGAUUGAGCGCGAAGAAGCAAUAAGUGGUCAGUUUACUAGAAAAUAUGAUGUUCAGAAAAGUAAAGUUGAAUCAGCAAAAAAGGAUCCUUACAGUAGUAUUGAAGAUUUAAAAGUUGAUGAUGAUGAAGGCCCAGAUGAUGCUCCUAGUAAAAAUAAAAAACAUUCUCCAGGUGAACUAGCAUGGAAUAAAGAUAUGCCAUAUAAAGAUUUGAAAAAUAAAAAUCAAGCUCAUCGUCGGCAUCAUUUUCAUGAAUUUUCAGAGUUUAGUAGAUUUCCAAAGUUUGGUGAAUUAGGAAGAGGUAGGAACAAAAAGCAUCACAACCGUCACAAAGGAAAUGAGAGAGAAAAGAUUUCCAAUCAUCCAGAUGAAUAUGACUCACAUGGGCAUAUAAAAGGUGAAAUACGUAAUUAUGAUGAUGAAUAUGAUUCACCAGAUGAGGAAGAAAAUCAUUCUCAUAAAAAGGAGAGUCACUAUAAAGCUAUUGAACACCCACAUGAUGGUAUUGAAAAGUUUGGAAAAGAUGAUGAAGAGGUAAUCAUCAAUGAUAGAACUCAUCAAGGUGACAUAAAUGAAGUUGAAAUCGUGAAACAGCUAACUGACCCUAAAGCCGCUUUAACUCAUGGUGUGAGAAGUCACCGUCAAAGUUUUGAUAAGUCUAACAUAGGUGCGCUUCAUGAGCCAAAAGAAUACGGUGUAAAAACAAGUCAUGGUUUACUUGGAAACAGUGAAAAAGACGGAGGGGGUGAGUUUUACGAAAACAAUCCAAAUGUAUAUCCACAUGAGUUUAAUAGCUUUAAUCGUCCAUAUUCAAAUCAAAAUAUUCAAAUUGGUCAAUAUGGAAAAAGGAGAAUAGUUAAGUACGAUCCGUUUGAUACAAUAGUUGGGGGCGGAUUUAACGGAGAAACAACAUUCAAAUCAUUUGAUCAAGCAGAGGAUAUUUUUAAAAAAAUGCGAAAUGUUGUCAAAGAAACUUCUUUAGCUCCCAACGAAAUUAAAGAGCAUGGAGAUCAUUUUACAAAAGCAAAACGAACCUCUAUAGGAAUUCAAAAAUAUGGAAAGCGCAACACUUUAAAAAAAAUAGAAUCGCGAUUAAAAAAGAUCCAAGAAAAAAUAUUUUCAAAGUCUGCUUUUCAAAAACAAAUGAAAAAAAGUCAAAGUUAAAAUAAACUUGUUAUUCACAAAAAAAAAAAAAAAAAACUUUUUGGUUACUAAGAAACCUUCAGUUGUAUAGGUAUAAUAGUAAAGUGAAACUGUGUUGUAAAUACUACAUGUAGAAUAUAGAAAAAUUUUUGAAGAAAAAAUAUCCCAUCAAAUACUA